AAAAUUGCUGGAAAGGUUCGAUACCCAUUCCCGGGCCCAACAACCUAACUGAUCUCUCCAGCUGAUUCGAUCGGUCAAACCGUCGCCGUGCUUGGGAGAGAUUAGGAUUUGCCGACCACAUCAAGUCCAUCACGUGUAGCCAGAUGAAUGCACGUGUCUUUACCCCGAUGUCAAUGCCGGUUCCAUGGAAGAUGGAUCCUCCUCCUUCGCUGAACUUUAAAGUCCCAAUCUGAACAUGGUUUUUUUGUGUUCCUUUACACUCACGCACCCGACCUUCCUUGGUCCUUCAUGCCGCCCACAAUGGAAAAUAGCGUUUUUUCGUCUCGCGUUUGCUCAUCAUCACCACGACAUGCGAAAAACGCGUCCAUCAUCCUCGUGGGGAUGAGAGGAGUGGGCAAGACAACGCUUGCCCGGAUUGCAAGCAAAGCUUUGGGGUGGGAGGCGAUUGACGCAGAUACUAUCUUUGCAGCCCACGUAAAGCAGGACAUCUAUUCGUACAUCUCGACUCAUGGAUGGGAUUCUUUUCGCAACAAGGAGUCCCAGUUGCUCAACGCGCUUCUCGAUCGGUACCCGACAAAUAAGGUCAUCGCCUGCGGCGGUGGUGUCGUUGAACGCGCGGAGAACCGAGAGCUUCUCAAGGAAUUUGGCCAGUCUCGCGGCCCAGUCAUCCACGUUAUGAGGGAAAAGGACCUUGUGCUCCGCUACCUUGAGGAGAAUUGCGCAAUGUUCCCCCCAUACCUGCGCAUAACUGCGGCGGAAGCAUGGGACCGUCGCGAAAGCUACUACAAUGAUAUUUCGUCACAUGAAUUCGUUUCGCUAACCGUCUUUUCAACUUCGGGCAAUCUUUCUGCCUCAAAUCCUUCAACGACUUCCAUUCUCCUCAAGCCUGUUGAGUCCGCUUUUCUCCGCCUCCUCAAAUUUAUCCAUGGUAUUGACACCAACCAUGUGCUCAUCAGCCCAACAGCCGGACUGCAUACACUUCCUCCACGCGCCUAUUUCCUUCCACUGAAGUUCCCAGACCUCUCCACGGUCUUUUCCCCACCGCGACACUCCGAUCUUCCGAUUCUUUACACUGUGCGGACCAAGUCCCAAGGUGGUCUGUAUCCCGAUCUUACUGAUGAGCGUGCGCGUGCGGGAAUGUACCGUCUAAUAGUCCUCGCUUUCAAACUUGCAUGCGAGUACGUGGAUCUUGGACUGAGCAUGCCACAGGAGAUGUUCACGUCCCUGGUGAGCCAGAGAGGAUAUUCUCGCGUCAUCGGCUCGUGGUAUGACUGGAACGGCAGUAUUUCCUGGACAGGGCCCGAGACGAAGGCCAUUUAUGAGCGGGCUGUUAACCUAGGGGUCAGCGUGGUCAAAAUUGUCAACACGGCGAAGCGCCUUGAGGAUAAUCUUAGCUUGAGAACCUUCGUUGAGAGCGUACUCACAAAACCAGUCCCUAUACUCGCUAUCAACAUGGGUCCGGAGGGGAAAAUGUCACGCGUCCUUAACCCCAUCUUGUCUCCCGUUACACAUCCUCUGCUUCCCAGCCCAACUUCCCCAGGUCAACUCUCCUAUGCCGAGGCCCAGCAAAUCCUUUACCUUACAGGGCUUCUACCACAACGAUCCUUUUAUCUCUUUGGAACCCCUAUUGCACACUCACUCUUACCCCACCUUCAUAGUGCGGCCUUCCAAUUGCUUAAACUCCCGCAUACCUUCACCCCCAUCUCAACCACCAAGUUCAAUCUUGAAGAGUUUGAAGAUGCCAUCAUUUCGGCGGAUUUUGGUGGUGCAGCUCUCACGACUCCACACAAGCUCAGUGCAAUGGCACUCUGCAAACGAGUUUCACACCAUGCUCGGCUCAUAGGGGCUAUCAAUAUGCUUAUACCGUGUCAUUCGCCCGGAUUCGGGAACGCGACUCACAUUGUAGGCGAGAACACGGAUUGGGUGGCCAUUUACACGUGUCUCACUCGAAAAAUCAACACAAGCCUCAAUGGACCCACAUGCCGCACUACAGCUUUAAUUCUCGGUGCGGGAGAUACAGCAAGGGCAGCGAUCUAUGCCCUGUACCAAAUUGGUGUGUCGCAUAUCUUAUUGUGGAAUCGCACGAGGGAUAAGGCCGUAUCGCUGGCAAGGGAGAUGCGCGAAAGGCUCGAGGGAGCCGAUGCUAGUGGGACGGCGGUGAGGAUCGGUGUACUCACGGGAGUAUCGAGGGAAGACGUCAAAAGAGGCGUUGCCGAGAUGACACGUACAAUGGUCGCUAACGCCUAUUUGGCUGGAUGGCUUGAAAUGCCCACUCUUAUAAUUUCUACCAUCCCCGCAUCACGUAUCGAAGGAGAGGAUGAUGGGAGAGUGGGUGACAUCCCUGAUGUUGGACUUCGAGCGGACGUGCUUGAAUUGAGCGCGGCGGGCGGUGUGGCUGUUGAGUUGGUAUAUCAACCCCGUAUGACGCCACUGUUAAGAAUAGUGGAAGAGGUCAAUCAAAGGGCAACCAAGAUCUCCGCCAUGACCAAGAAUCCGUCUUCUGGUAUUAAUGGCAUUGUUCAUGCUCAUGCUCUACCCUUUUCAGGCGAGAGGGUAAUGUCCGCCGUCAAGGUGGAAAUGGACGACUACGAUAAUCUAUCUUCGCUCUCCCACACUCGCCCACUCGGCAAUCAUCUUCCCCAUCCACAACUGAAUUCCUCUUCAACUUACGAGAAUUCGACUCGCGCCCUUGCUGCUCCAUGGUCAACGGUCGAAGGUAUCGAGGUGCUUCUUGAACUAGGGUACGAGCAAACGAGGUUGUGGACUGGGCGGAGGGCGCCGAAAAAAUUCAGAAUUCGAGGCAAGAUUUGGCAAGUAGGAUCAACAUUCAUGGUAUGAGAAGUUCUUUUGUGGU